AUGAAACACUUAAGUAAAGAAUCUUCAGCUUCGAGCAGAGACUUUGUGAAGCCAUCAAGAAUUAAAUUAAGUCCAAAAAUCAAAAGGGAAUGGCGAUCACCUUCUUUUCGUACUCGUCGGCGACUUAGAUCUCCUGUCAUUAUUAAUGAAAGUGAGCAUGAUGUUAAGCAAAAGCGCUCUCGACUCUCAUCUCCAAUUUUGGUAGAUGAUGAUAAUGGCAUGGAGAUCUCUAAUUCUCGCGAACAAGCCCGUCGGAGCAAACCCGAGCGCUCUCCACUGAGGCAUGCACAAACAGAUCCCAACCGUGGUCUCAAGGAAGAACAUCAUGAGACCGCUGACAGUGAAAUAAAGUGGGGCAGGCGGGUGGAACGCGGUGAGGAUACUAGAAAAUCGAAGUCGAACAAACCCAAAGAACAACCCAAUUUUGAACUUUCAGGCAGGUUUUUUUUCACUCGAGCGCUGGCUGCUGAUACGAACACUUACAAAGGAGUCGUAAUUAAGUACAAUGAACCUGAUGAUGCUCGUAAACCAUCAGCCUUUUGGCGUCUCUAUCCUUUCAAGGGUAAGGAGGCACUAAAAGUGAUGCACAUUCAUCGGCAAAGCGGGUACCUAAUCGGCAGGUCCCAGCAAAUUGCAGAUCUACCAAUGGCGCAUCCCAGCAUUUCAAAACAGCAUGCUGUCCUGCAGUUUCGAUUUACUAAAGGAAAAGUGAGGCUUUAUGUCAUCGAUCUGGAGUCUGCAAACGGCACUUUUCUUAACAACAAAAAAAUCGAACCUCGUCGGUAUUACGAACUUCACGAAAAGGACGUUCUUAAGUUUGGAUUUUCUACGAGGGAAUAUGUCGUCAUGACCGACCAAUUGGAAACCGACUCUGAUAAAGAUGAGUAA